GAGACGGUUUUGUAGGUAGAAUGAGCAAUGGAUAGGGAUAGAAACCAUAUAAAGCUCCAAAACAGGAAGAAUUAAUCCUCACCUUUCUAUCCAGAUCGACUACCCACAAAAGUCUCAGCCGUCUCAGCCCACUUUCACCUAGCUUUUCUCUAUAACCUGAGCUUCCAAUCAGAACCCAGCUUCAUUCGCAGACUGUACAGAAGCAGUUUCUUCCUUCUCUUUGGCUUCUGAAUCAAAAUGGCUGGUGACCAGCAGCCAUUGAAGUCAGUUCAUCAUCUCCUCUUCUGUUCCCUCCUUGUUCUUCACUUCUCUGCAAAGGGCAUUCAUGGACUUAAUAUCGGCGUUGAACCGUCAGAUUCAUCUGGGGGCCAAAGAUGCAGUAAAAGAUGUGAAUCAGAGUUCUGUACAGUUCCUCCAUUUCUACGAUAUGGGAAGUACUGUGGACUUUUGUACAGUGGGUGCCCAGGGGAGCAGCCAUGUGACGAGCUUGACGCUUGUUGUAUGAAGCACGAUGACUGCAUUGGAAUUAGAAACAGUGAGUUCAGCUCAGGCAUCAAAAAUAACUACCUAAGCCAAACUUGCAGCGAAGAAUUAAUCAACUGUGUAAACCAAGCCAAAUAUUCAAGAACGCUUACGUUCGUGGGAAACAAAUGCUCGGUUGAAGAGGUGGCUGAUGUUAUUACUGUUACAAUCCAAACUGCUUUGUUGGCUGGAAGGUUUCUUAAUGAUCCUUGAUGCAUCAAGUUAGGCCAGUUGGCAAUUGGGUUGAACGAGAAAGAGUACUUCCAUGGGUUGGGGGGUCAAAAACUGAUAUUAUUUAUUGUUGUUUUCUUCUUAGAUUUGGAGACUUAGAGGCUGUUAUUUCCCAUGCAACUUUUCCAGUUUUCUACCAAAAAAAUAAAAAAUAAAAAGAUUGUUGGAAACGUUUACUCUCUUCAACAACCCCAAACUAUUGUCAAUAAAUAUCAAGUACUUGAUAUGGUACAGGUAACAGGCGACCAUACUUCUUCU